AUGGAAACAACUGAUUCAGUUAAGACCGAUGCAGUGACGGAGGAGAAAAAUGAUGUGAAACCAGAAGUUGAGAAGAAGGAUCACAAAACUGAUGCGAAGAAGGAUGAUAAGAAGGAUGAUAAAACUGAUGAGAAGAAGCAUGAGAAGAAAGAUGAGAAAAAUGAUGAGAUAAAGGAUGUGGGACGUGGAGCUGAUGACAAAAAUGAUGGAAAUUCAACUAGCGAAGAAGAAGAGUUUGAUGCCAAUAAGAUGGAUGACGCAGUGAGAACAUCAUGCAAUGUGGGACUUUCACCCACACAACAAACAAUCUUGCAGUUUCCACAAUAUUUUGAUGCCGGUGAAGGUUCAAAUGAAAGGUUCAAUAAACAUGAUUCAUUGAAGACAGAUUCAGAGAAGACAGAAUAAAAUGAUCCAACAAAUGUUCUACUGUAA